GCAUUGCUGUGCACAGCUGCGGUCCUGGACUUGAAGUUGAAGUUCGAGGACCAAAUGCUGUCCACAGUUCUGGGGAAGCGCACCCUUUCUUGAAUCCCCAACGCUUUGACCCCUCCUUGCUACACGAGGUUCUUGUUGUUCAGGUAAAAGACGGGCUCCUUCUGCCCUACAUUCCAUUAGACCAUCUCAGUCCUUGGCGAACUAUGCAGUGAACGGCUAUCGUUUGACAGCUGGCAGACUACCCUAUAUCCAAGAGAGCGCAGACCCAUGGUAACAUAAAGAGAAAUUGGGGUUCUAGCUGAGCAGUCAAAGAGGGCUGACGGUUGCACUGCUUAAAUAAGUGAGCUACUUUCAAAGCUACAGGUGUAUAGCAGAAGAUAGAAUUGAAUGUCAGAACAGUGCGGGUGCAAACGCUCUGAGUCCGCGUUUCUGCAUUGCUUGGCUGGAAGACAAGCUUUUUAGAAGAUUCUCUGCAUUCAUUUUGUAAAAGGGCUCUGAGUAUAUUUGUACCAGACUGUAGAGGGCCGUGGCAGUACGUUCCAAACUUAUAAUGCUUAUGCUAGUUCAGUGCUCAAAGGAAGGAACACAAUGUAGAUAACCACAUGUUACACAAGUUUUGCUCUUCAUCAGGUUGCUGGCAAGACAGCAGUUUAUGAAGUAGUAAGUUGUCCAUCGCAAUCCCCUACUUCUUGAGUUAGCUGCUCAUCUGCCCAACCGCUUCAUUUCCUGUUAGCUUAAACUUAUAGUCCAACUCUCUGGCAACACCCCCUGUUACGCGGCAAUCAUUUUCAGCCGCAAUGGAGAAGAUCACAGGCAUGUUCCAGAAAAAGAAGACGCCAAAGGAGCAGGUCCGAGAGUGGCAGUCCCGGCUACGGUCCGAGCAGCGGAGCCUGGACCGGCAGAUCAGAGAGAUUCAAAGGGAGGAGAAGAACGUGCAGAAGUCCAUAAGGGAAGCCGCAAAGCGAAAUGACAUGACAUCAGCAAAGAGUCUUGCGCGGGAGAUCGUGCAGUCGCGGCGGGUAGUCACAAAGCUGUACAACAACAAGGCGCAGCUCAACAGCGUGAGCAUGCACCUGGGAGAGAGCUUUGCGACAGUGCGCGCGGUGGGGCACCUGCAGAAGUCGACGGAGGUCAUGAAGCUUGUGAACAACCUCAUGAAGGUGCCCGAGAUCCAGCAGAACAUGAUGGACCUGUCCAAGGAGAUGAUGAAGGCUGGCGUCAUCGAGGAGAUGGUCAGCGACACGUUGGAUGACGUAUUGGACGACGAGGAGACGGAGGCCGAGACGGAGGAAGAGUUGAACAAGGUGCUCGACGAAGUUGCUGGCGAGUACACGAGUCAACUGCCGGCCGCGGGAUUGCGACCAAAGAAAGAGAAGCAGCCCGCCGCCGCACAGGAGCAGCCGGCCCAAGCGGUUGCGGAGGGCGAGGAGGACGAAGAUGCAGAGCUGGAGUCGCUUCAAGCCCGCCUCGCUAGUGUAAAGUCAUAGGUUCAGUGUUGCUUCUUCUCUCGCUUCAAAGUUUCUCGGCAGCUUUACGCAUUGGUCGCUUGUGUCGGACGGGAAGUUUUGCACAGACCGGCCAGGAAAGCGAUGUAGAAGACUUGUAAAAUAUUUCACAAGUGUACUGCCGGCACCGUGCAGCAGAUUCGACAUUCUGAUGAUCCUAGUCCACACUCAGGGCACGAUCAACAUGCGGGAGUGGACGGGUCGAGAAUCUUUGAGUGACGGACAUGAGGGCUGGUAGGAAUAUCAUUCAGCAGCUGAUGUCAUGCGAAAUCCGGAUCUCAAAGAAUGUUCGCGCAAGCUAUGAGUAAAGUAAGACUCUUUUUGUAUUUGACGAGCCGC